GUACGCGGCACGUGACAGUCCGCCAUAGAAGAAAGAGAAGAAACAUUGGCUUUCUUUCCUACGCGCCCGCCAUUGCCCAAGACUGCCAAAGUAGAAGAAACCUUCUCGUUUCCAGAUAAACGUUGUUAUUGAAUUUUGUUGCACCUUCUGAUUCAGCAUCAUAUCAUGGUUCAGCUAAUGAGGUCUGAUGCGGAUAAUCACUGCAUGAAAAAGGUCAAGUUGGAGGUUCAAGAUGAAGUCCCACCUCUUCACACCCAUAAGCGACCCAAAUUAGAAUCUCCCACCAAGGGUGGUUCAAGUGAUGAUUCUCUUUCAAUCUCACCAGCUUCUUAUAAUCCCUUGGAUGAGCCAAGUCCUCUGGGUUUGCGUCUCAGGAAGAGUCCUUCCCUUUUGGAUUUGAUUCAGAUGAGGCUCUCCCAACAAGAGGAGUCCAAAAAGAAAGAUCAAAAGGCUUCUUCUUCUGCUGCUGCUGCUGCUGCUGCGGAUUCUAAGCUCAAGGCUUCCAAUUUUCCUGGUACCCUUUUGAAAAUUGGGACUUGGGAGUACAAGUCUAGAUACGAAGGGGACUUGGUGGCGAAGUGUUACUUUGCAAAGCAUAAGCUGGUGUGGGAAGUCCUUGAUGGUUGUCUCAAGAAUAAGAUUGAAAUACCAUGGUCUGAUAUCAUGGCUCUCAAGGCAAACUACCCUGAGGAUGGACCAGGCACUCUGGAAGUAGUGCUGGCAAGAAGACCCUUGUUUUUUAGGGAGAUCAAUCCACAGCCAAGGAAGCAUACCUUGUGGCAAGCAACAUCAGACUUUACUGGUGGACAAGCCAGCACACACAGGCGACAUUUUCUGCAGUGUCCGCAAGGAUUGCUAGGGAAGCAUUUUGAGAAGCUCAUUCAGUGUGAUCCCCGGCUCAACUUUCUAAGCCAGCAACCGGAUUUGGUGUUGGAUUCUCCAUAUUUUGAACCCGGAACAACUUCUAUUCACGACCACAUUGAAUCCAGUGACGGUUUUGAUAGAAAAAGCGAAGAGCAAGCUGGUAUUUUUGGAUUGCAGGAUGUGGAGUCAGGAUCUGCUGUUCAAUCAUCUUCCUCUAAAAGUGAACAUAAUCUUGGUAAAGCUGUUGAAAAUGUUAACCAAGAAAUUACCUCACCUAGCUCAGUGAUGAACAUCCACGCAACGAAAGAUUUCAGGAGUAGAGGAGCUGAAACUUUGAAGUUUCUUAGUAAUUUGGAUCAGAUCAAAUUGCCAGGACUUCACCCUUCUAUGUCAAUGGACGAUUUGGUUAGCCACAUUGGACAUUGCAUUUCAGAACAAAUGGGUUCUGACAACCCCAACUCUGUUGAUGGCCAGCAUAGCAGAUCCAUCCUGGAAGAAUUUACGCAAUACUUGUUCAAUGACUCUCAAAAUGCAACUACCUCUGAUGAACAGUAUGUGAUGUCGAGGGUGAACUCACUAUACUGCCUUCUGCAGAAGGACCCUUCUACCGCAGAAGACACAAUGACCAGAAAUAGCAAUGCAAAGACUACCUCUGAUGAACAGUAUGUGAUGUCAAGGGUGAACUCGCUCUACUCCCUUCUGCACAAGGAUCCUUCUCAUGCAGAAGACACAAUGACCAGACAUGGAAAUGGUCUUGAUGCAGAUGAAGAUGGAAAAGUUGGUGUGAACAACCCCACUCAAUUGUCACCUUGCAAAACCAAAGUGGAUGAUUUGGAAGGUCAACCUGAUGAUGCUUCUGGCUGCAAGCAGGGGAGUGGCAUGUCAAGGAAGGAAUCAGCUGGUGAUUUGCUUCUUAAUCUUCCAAGGAUCGCAUCUCUGCCUCAGUUUUUGUUUCACAUGUCGGAGGAUUCUGUUAAUAAAGUUAGAUAAUUACUAUCUAUCAACACUUGCAUGAAACAAGAAAGCUAUUAUAGUCUCUUUCAACAAUGUGAAUAUUGUAUCUGCUGUUAGUUGCGUGGGAUUCAGAAAUUUACAUUGAUGAUGAAUCCCGACAGACAUGACGGGACACUAUAUUUUCCGCUAAACAAAAGAUAAGAGAAGUAUGUACUACUAAUAAAAGAAAUAUCUAUAUUUGGUGUAUACAAUUUUUUAAACAACA